UUUGGGUUUUGGUUUUUUUUUUUUUUUGGAAUGUUGAUGGAGGAGGUUUGAGUUAUUGAGAGUGAUGAAGGUGACUGGGAAAGUGAGUUUAGCGGCGACAUUUUCGGAGAGGAAUCCAACGGACGCGGAUCUGAAGCCGACGACGAAGCGGAAGACACUGAACACGAGGUCGAAACGGGUUGGUGCACCGGUCGUGGGGAGGCGGAGCAGACCGGAGACGCCGUUGUUGAAAUGGAAGGUGGAGGAGAGAGGAAGAGGGAGAGAGAAAGGCGGUGGAGUUGAAGAGGAGCUCGAAGAGGAGGAUGGUGGCCGGAGAGGUGGUGGUCGGGGACGACGGGGGAGAGGAGCUUCGACUGUGUCUGCUAGGAAGCUUGCAGCUGGAUUGUGGUGGUUACAAUUGCCGGAGACUGUGACGGCCGGUCGCCGAGAGAGAAGGAGGGAUCGGUUAGGCUUUAAGCCUGGUAACGAUUUUAUGGGUGCCCCAUUUCUUUAUAAUCAUAAAGACAAAAUUUAUGGAUCAGAUGCAAAGGAUCCAUCACGGAGCCCUAGUUAUGUCUCUGGGGCAAGGAACAGCCUCCUGCGUAAGAUUGAGCCUUCGAUUCAAUUUUCAAACUCUGCGAUGGAGGGAGCAACAAAGUGGGAUCCUGUCUGCUUAAAAACUACAGAUGAGGUACGUCAAAUUUACAGCCACAUGAAGUGUAUUGACCAACAAGUAAGUGCAGUAUCAAUUGUUUCUGCCCUUGAAGCUGAGCUAGAGAAGGCCCGAGCUCGCAUUGAGGAGCUUGAGACUGAGUGCCGAUCCUCAAAGAAGAAACUUGAGCACUUCUUGAGGAAAGCUAGUGAGGAAAGGGCUGCAUGGCGGAGCAGAGAGCAUGAAAAAAUACGUGCAUUUGUUGAUGAUGUCAAAGCUGACUUGAAUCGAGAAAAGAAAAAUCGCCAGAGGCUUGAAAUUGUCAAUUCCAAAUUGGUGAAUGAGCUGGCUGCUGCCAAGUUAUCAGCAAAGCAAUAUAUGCAGGAUUAUGAAAAGGAAAGAAAGGCCAGAGAACUAAUUGAAGAAGUAUGUGAUGAGCUUGCUAAGGAAAUUGGAGAAGACAAGGCUGAAGUGGAAGCAAUUAAGAGAGAUUCCGUGAAGCUUCUAGAGGAAGUCGAUGAGGAAAGAAAGAUGUUACAGAUGGCUGAGGUCUGGCGUGAAGAACGUGUUCAGAUGAAGCUUAUUGAUGCCAAGGUAGCACUUGAAGAGAGGUAUUCACAGAUGAACGAGCUUGUAGAAGAUCUGCAGACUUUUCUAAGGUCAGGGACUGGAACUCUGGACGUGAAAGACAUGAGAGAAGCAGAAUUGCUUAGACAGGCUGCUGUGUCAGUUAAUGUCCAAGAAAUCAAGGAACUUACAUAUGAGCCAUAUGAGCCUCCAAACCCAGACGAUAUUUUUGCUGUUUUUGAGGAUGUGGCUUUAGCUGAAGCCAAUGAUAGGGAAAUCAAACAAUGUGUUGUGUGUAGUCCUGCCAGCCAUGCCUCAAAAGUUCAUCUGGUGAGCCCUGAAACAAACAUGAUGAAAAAAGACAGCAUUCUGAGACAUUCAAAUGCUUAUGUUGAUCAGAAUGAUGAGAUAGAAGAAGAAGAAAGUGGGUGGGAAACUGUCAGCCAUCUUGAGGAUCAGGGCUCAAGUUAUUCUCCAGAAGGGAGUGCUGCAUCUGUGAACAAGAAUAAUCAGGGCAGAAAGUUUUCAGGUAGUGGAACCGAAUGGGAAGAAAAUGCAUGUGGAGAUGCCCCAAUCACAGAAACGAGUGAAGUUUGUUCGUUAUCUGCUAGACAGUUGAAGAAAGUGUCGUCCAUAGCAAGGCUUUGGAGGUCAUGCCCAAAUAAUGGAGAAAAUUACAAGAUAAUCUCAGUAGAAGGAACAAAUGGCAGGCUUUCAAAUGGAAGGAAGUCUAAUGGCAAGAUAACCUCGGUAGAAGGAACAAAGGGCAGGCUGUCAAAUGGAAGGAAGUCUAAUGGGGGUAUUAUGUCCUCAGAUCGAAGGUCAGGUAAAAGUGGGCUUAGUCCCCCGGACUCGGUGGGACAGUGGAGUUCACCUGAAUCUGGUCAUCCACACAUAUCAAGAGGGAUGAAAGGGUGCAUUGAAUUGCCUCGUGGUGCAGAGAAGAAUAGUUUGAAGGCAAAGCUUUUAGAGGCAAGAGUGGAGAAUCAGAAGGUGCAGCUGCGGCAUGUUCUCAAAAAUAAGAUUUAGAAGUGGAUGGUGAUUU